GAGCUGAAAUGUUUGUGUUAUUCUAAUAACAAUAUAUUAAAGUUGACUCAUAACAUUUUUACCCGAAUAAAUAUCAUUAUAUAUUAGUUAUUCGUUCAGUUAAGCUUUAAACCACACGUCAAAAUGAAUUAUAAGUUAAAUUUUAUAGUGAUUAUGUUUCUUUUAAUAAGUGAUUCAAGUGAAAAAUUACAGAAUUAUGAUAUAAGACCGUGUGUUUCAAAGUGUUGUCCUGAUAAAUCUUAUGUGUAUAAUUCGGAGUGCAUAUCGAAUGAUACAUUUAAUAAAGAUUUUUCAGAUGUGAACGUAUAUAGUAGUAAUCGAACAAGAGUCGGGAAUUUAAGGGAUAGUUUUCAAAUAGUUGCUAGAAAUUUCAUUGAUCUUGUUCCAAAUUUACCUAGUUUAAGUUUUUACAUACUCGAGAGUGGAAAUCUCAACUUGCUCCUGCAACAGCCAAAUUCAUUGCCUGAGAUAAAUGAGAUAAGCAAUGACAAAUUCUGCGUUGAUUAUGAACUAGCAUCGGACAAUUUUUCACCGGUAUUUGGCGUAAUAUUUGAGGAGGAACCUCAGAAAAAUUUAGUUUUUACAAUAGCAGCUCUACUAAUAUCCAGCGUGUUAUUAUUGUUGGUGCUAAUAAUUUACGCACUUAUUAAAGAAUUAAGGAAUUUAAAGGGCCAAAUUCUCAUGGCCAAUGUAUUCAGUUUACUAUGUGCCUUUGUCAUGUUGGCUACGGUGAAAAUUUUAUAUAACAGUAACAGUUUCGAAGCUUCUACAGAAUUUUGUUACGGAUCCACUGCUGCCAUUUAUUUCUUUUUUUUGUCUACCUUCUACUGGAUGAAUAUCACGUCUUUUGACAUCUGGUGGACGUUAAGGAGUAUGACUACUAGAGUAACAGUACGUCGUCAUGGGAGAUGUUCUAAGUUUAAGAUCUACUGUUUCUACGGUUGGGGCAUACCGCUCGCAAUGGCCAUUGGUUUGAUCGCUAUAGACGUAUGUGAAUUACCAGAAGGGUUUAUCAAACCAAAUAUUAUACUAAACGGAUGCUUUCUAGCAGGUAAACCAAAAUUAUUUUAUAUGCAUAUUCCCAUGAUGUUGGUUAUUACUAGUAAUUGCAUGUUCUUUCUGAUGACGGCUUAUAACUUUUGGUGUAUUGGAAGAGAUACCGAGAUGCUUAACUGUCAUAACGCGAACAAGCACGACAGACAGAAACAAAGAUUCCUGAUUUAUUUAAAGUUAUCUAUUGUCAUGGGAAUAAGCUGGGUUACCGAAUUAAUCAGUGCAUAUUUACCGAACUUAAGUGUCUGGUAUAUAACCGAUGCAUAUAAUAUGUUCAUUGGUAUUUCAAUAUUCUUCAUCUUCGUAUGUAAGAAGGACAUUCGAAAGCAAUUAUAUAAAAGAUUUCAGAGCUCUCGUACCGCCUAUUCAUCGCACAAAUUAAUUCAAUCAAGUUCUUCAUAGGUUUUUUAACAAUAAAUACCAAAUACAUCUUUAAACGUUAUAUCUAUUUAAAAUUAAACUUUGAUUGCUGACUUUCGUCGGUAUUUUUAGUCAUUCGUCUCAUAAGUUUCGAAAAACACAAACACAAUAUUUUUUUAGUUUCAAAAGGGCACGAUCUUUUUUUAUCUUUUAAUUAUUACCUUGUUUAUACUACAAAUACGACAGUGACUUGUUUUUAUUUGAUUUAGUUUUUAUCACGUAUUAACUAUAUAUUGUGUGUAAAUUAAUUAAGAGUGGAAAUCCAGACCGGUUUAGGCCACGGUGGCUAACCUCAAGAGAGAUUAGCCAACUGCGCAGGACAUAUUAUAGUGCACAAGUGUGUGAGUAAACACAGGUGCACUCUCUAUUCCCAAUCUCUUAUAAUCCGAUGGGUCGGCAAUCCGACACGACCGGAAAGAGUUCAGACGCAGAAUCAACGGCUUUAAAAUAAAGAGAGAAAACCUUUAUGAGUAAAUGCAAGAUAUUGUGUAAACGAGUCUAUUAUUUUAUAUUAUUUUAUUAAUUAUAGCACGAUUAUAUAUAAAUAUUUUUAUCUUAUCACGAUUCGUACCGUACUUAUAAUUAAUUAAUUGACAUGUAUAAAUAUAUCUACACGUGUA